GCUCGUUAUCCUACGUAGUAGUAGUCGGGGGAAUCAUCUCCACAAUGGGUUUUUAGAAGAUAGAGAAGGACCCGCAACGGUAAGAGUAGUAGAGGGACUAUAAGACCGGGAGAGGCGCCGCCGCGGCAUCUUCAGUUAGGCUCUUUCUUUCCUCAGCGAUCUCGAUCGUCUGCCACUCGUUUAUUUUCAUUUACUGUAUAUAUAUAUAUACAUAUUCACAUAUAUACAGUAACAGAAUAUCAUCAUGAAGGUUGCCGUCGCUUUGUUUGUUUCGGCGGCGUCCGCCGCGUCGAUUCCCGUUAAGCGGCUGCCAUUGCUCGAGGGUCUCCCGCUCGAGCAGUUCGGAGGAGUUCAUUCGAUUUCUAUUGAGGAUGCUAUUAAUAGGUUGGAUUUGGUUGGGACGAACUUCACUGCACUGCCGAUUUCCAGCAUCUUCGAGGCUGUUACCGAUGUAGUGAGUGAUGUUCUCGACGAGACCCUCGGAAAGCUUGCCCACGCUGGCAGUCACAAGAAGCCCCAGGAACAGGAGACUCAGGGGCUACAGGAGGAGAAGGUUAGCACUAGCACCGAGAGCGACAGCGACAGUGCCGAGGACACGGAGAAGACCGAGAGCACUCAGAGUACUACUCAGAGUGCCACUCCGAGCACCGAGACUGCCGAGACCACCCAAAGCCCGAGCGUCUCGAGCAACCAGACCUCUCAAAGCCUUCAAGGCACCAACAGCGCCGCUGCUACUGGCGAAUGCUCUAACCCGAACAUCCGCUUCGAGUGGGAUAACUACUCCGCGUCGGACAAGGCGGCUUUCGUCGAUGCCUUCCAGUGCCUGAUGAAGGCUCCCCCUUCCGGAAAGUUCGCCCCGUCCAAGAGCCGUUUCGAGGACAUUGUUCGCCUCCACCAGGCGUACUCGCCCAACAUCCACAGCAAGAGCACCACGCAGCAGACACACAAGUUCCUUCUAUGGCACCGUUACUACGUUUGGGCCCUCGAGCAGAUUAUGCGUGAUGAGUGUGGCUUCGACCGUGCUUUCCCCUGGUGGGAUGAGAAGAAGUGGGCUGGCAGGUUCGCACAGGCUACCAUCUUUACCCCUGAGUACUUCGGCACUCUUCCCGCCCCCGUUAACGGCGCCGCUACUUGCGUGAACGACGGUAAAUUUGCCGGUCUGCAGUUGAGCCUUGGACCCGGUAUGGUCACCGAUAACAUGCACUGCCUUCAGCGUGCGGUCAACGAACAGGUCACCGCCCAGACUGGACAGAACGCUUGGGACACCUGCCGAUCUCGUACCUCUUACCCCGACUUCCACAGCUGCGUUGAGUUCACUUACCACGCCCAAGGCCACAACGGUGUUGGUGGUGUUAUGGCUGAUGCCAUCGCCUCCCCCGGUGACCCAUCUUUCUUCAUGCACCAUCUCUUCGUUGACUAUGCUUUCCGCAAGUGGCAGCUUGACGAUGUCGCUACCCGCACUACCUCGAUCAGCGGCUGUGCUGACAACACGAACUGCUCGCCUCUAACGCUUGACACCAUGGUCUACGUUGGCGAGAUCUGCGGCGCUAAGUGCCCCGACCUCAAGGUCCGGGAUGUGCUUAACACCGUGAACGGCCACUUCUGCUACCGCUACGACUACUAGAGAUGGUCUCGCGCCGACGGCGGGAUAUCGACCCAGAAACAUACAUAUAGACCACCAAUACUCUCUUUGUAAUUAGGAUAGAACUGAGAGUUCUAAUCAUAGCGUUCAUUAGCAGAUACCCUUGACCAGAACUUGUUUUUGUUUUUGUUUUUAA